GAAUCAAAAACAGCGACGCUCCUUAAUUGCUAAGACUCUAUUCUCUGUUCCUUUGUUUUCAAUAGUACUCUAUUUUCUAUAAGAAUUUGCCUCUGUUGAGUCCUCUAGCCAUCACUUCCACGUUAAGCAAGAAGAACAGUGGAAUAGCUGCUGUCCUAUGAGAUGGAAGGCCCUUUUUUUGCCAGAUUGCCAGAAGGCUUCAUGUCUGAGAUUCUAUCACUCACUUCACCUGUGGAUGUGAUCAGAGCAUCAGUUGUCUCAAAAGGGUUCAAGCCUGCUGCUGAUUCUGAUACUAUUUGGGAGAAAUUUCUACCAUCUGAUUAUCAGGAUAUCAUUUCAAGAUCAGAUUCUGCUGUUGAUUGCUCAACCAAAAAGGCCCUCUACUUUUCUCCUCUUCUCCUUGAUGGAGGCAGAAUGAGCUUCUGGAUAAGUAAAUCAACCGGGAAAAAAUGUUAUAUGCUGCGUGCAAGGGAGCUCUGUAUUGCCUGGAAGGAUACUCCAAGGUACUGGAGUUGGACAUCCCUACCUGAAUCAAGGUUUCCUGAGGUGGCUGAGCUGGUGGAUGUUUGUUGGCUUGAUAUACGUGGAAAUAUGCCAACUCGAUUGCUGUCCCUGAAGACUAAUUAUGCUGCUUACCUUGUGUUCAAAACUACAGAAAACUCCUAUGGACUUGAAGCCGUAGCCAAGGCCUCGGUUAGCUUUGCUGCUACUACUACUGGCACCAGUAGUAGCAGUGCAGAAACUAGUGAUGUCUUUGAGCCCCCAGAAGGCGACUCUGUCUACUUAAAAACACCUGCAUGCGCACACGAUGUAAGAUAUGGACGGCGGUGGCGACAUAUGCUGCCACGGCGCAUUAGGAGGCCUCGGACUGAUGAUGUGAUUGAUGGCCGCGUUCCACGUCAGAGAAACGAUGGAUGGCAGGAGCUUUUGUUGGGAGAAUUUCUCAAUGAUGAAGGCGAUGGGGACAUCGACAUAAAAGUUUCAGAAACUAAGAUUCUCAACUGGAAAAGAGGCCUCAUUCUUGAGGGAAUUGGUUCAAAGCCACGGUCGCGGUCGCGAUCGCGGCUUGGAACGUUCCACAUCGGUCUCGGCAUAUCGCUGCUGUCCUAUGAGAUGGAAGGCCCUUUUUUUGCCAGAUUGCCAGAAGGCUUCAUGUCUGAGAUUCUAUCACUCACUUCACCUGUGGAUGUGAUCAGAGCAUCAGUUGUCUCAAAAGGGUUCAAGCCUGCUGCUGAUUCUGAUACUAUUUGGGAGAAAUUUCUACCAUCUGAUUAUCAGGAUAUCAUUUCAAGAUCAGAUUCUGCUGUUGAUUGCUCAACCAAAAAGGCCCUCUACUUUUCUCCUCUUCUCCUUGAUGGAGGCAGAAUGAGCUUUUCAGUUGAUAAAAGGAGUGGAAAGAAAUGUUAUAUGGUUGGGGCAAGAGAACUCAUCAUUGCCUGGGCAAGAGAUCCAUGGCGCUGGCAUUGGAUAUCUCGUCCUGACUCAAGAUUCAGAGAGGUUGCCAAGCUUAAGGCUGUUUGUUGGCUGGAUAUCAGAGGCAGGAUAGAAAGUCAGAUGUUGUCUACUGGUACUACUUAUGCAGCUUUCCUAGUGUUCAAGAUAGCAGAGGAGCAUUAUGGGAUUGAACAAGCAACAAGUUUAAUCAGAUUUGUAAACCAUGAGAGUGACGGUGAGGCUGAAAAUAGAGCUGCACCUGUCCAUCUUGUAUCAAGGGAAGGUAUGAAUCAUCCAGCAGAAUUUGAUGGAAAGUUUCCCAAAAUGAGAACAGAUGGCUGGAUGGAAUUAGAACUGGGGAAGUUUUAUAACGAUACAGGAGAUGAUGGUCAGGUGGAGGCUCGACUGAUAGAGAUUAUUAGCCUUCAUGGGAAGUCAGGUCUUACUAUCGAAGGCAUUGAAUUUCGCCCUGAGUGACACAAGAAGACUAUUUUUCUGUUUUGUAGAUGUAUUACGUUUUUUCACAUAAUGUAUCCAAUCCUACGUGACAUUAAGAUACAUUUUUGCAAAGAACCAUUUAUUUACUUCUUUUUGUGGAUCAAUUACUGGAUUUUUUGAAAGUUUAAGGAAAAACAGAUAUUUCAGACCAAUCUUUUUCA